UUAUUUUCCGAGUAAGUAACAAAGCUGAUCUUAUCUUAUGAUCUUCGCUAAAAAAAGAAAAAUAAAAAGGAAAUUGAUAUCGUUUACCCCGUCCGAUUCUUAGAUUGGUAUCUCAACGCAUCAGCUUGAUGGCUGAAUCUUCAGGGUUUGAUCCUCAGCUUGCUCUUUCUCACAAAUUCCCUGAGACGACGUACACCUAUACCGCAAGAGAUUCAGUGCUCUAUGCAUUGGGUGUUGGAGCAUGCGCACGGGAUGCUGUGGAUGAUGACGAGCUUAAAUAUGUUUACCAUGCAAAUGGAGAACAAUCUCUGCAGGUCUUGCCAACAUUUGCUGCUCUAUUUUCACUUGCAUCAUUGCCAAAUGGUUUCAAUUUGCCAGGGUUAGAAUAUGAUCAACGUCUUCUGUUGCAUGGGCAACAAUACAUAGAAUUAUAUCGGCCAUUUCCUUCAAGUGCUUGUAUACAUAAUAAGGUCAGUCUUGCAGGAUUGCAUGAUAAAGGAAAGGCAGCUAUCAUUGAGUUUGAAACAAAGAGCUAUGAGAAAGAGACUGGUGAAUUAUUGUGCAUGAACCGAACAACUGUCUUUCUGCGAGGUGCUGGUGGCUUUUCAAAAUCAUCUCAGCCAUAUUCCUACUCGAACUAUCAAACUGACAAGGCCUCAGCUGUGAAAAUUCCAAAAACUCAUCCUUUUGCAGUGUUUGAGGAUUCUACCCAACCAUCUCAGGCAUUGUUGUAUAGGCUAUCUGGUGACUAUAAUCCUUUGCAUUCAGAUCCUAUGGUUGCCAAAAUUGCAGGAUUCUCUCGGCCAAUUUUGCACGGGUUGUGCACGCUUGGAUUUGCAGUUAGGGCAAUCAUUAAAUGUAUCUGCAACGGAGACCCAAACUUGAUUAAAAGCAUAACAGGACGAUUCCUUUUACAUGUGUACCCGGGUGAAACUUUGAUCACUGAAAUGUGGCUUGAUGACUCAAGGGUUAUAUAUCAGGCAAAGGUGAAAGAACGAAACCAGACAGUGUUAUCUGGCUAUGUGGAUGUCCAUCGUUUGCCUUCAUCACUGUGAAUUAACAAGGUUCAUCAUAACUAUAUCUUGUUGGAAGCAAUUGAAUUAAAUAGGAGGCCUUAAAAGCUCAAUGUUGUUCUUUAUAAUAAUUGACAAGGAGAACCUUUGAUGAUAUAGGGGCACUCAUUUCUUAUAAUUUUUCUUCUCUUUUAUGUUGGUGACAUAUUAAAUUCUAAUUUCAUAAGUUGCCACAAUAAGAUGUCUCAAUAUUUGAUCUGUUUAUGACAUAUAUGAUUCUUACUCAAA